CGAACGAAAGAACUGAGAUUCGUUAAAUAAUUCAUUCUCAUUUCCAAAGGAUUCCUGCGCCAUUUUUCUCAUCGUCAAUCAUGGCUUCUUCUCUUACUAAGAACAAGCCCUCUGUUUCUGUUUCUUCCUCUUCUCCUUGUAUCCCUUGCCGACCAAACUCUAAACCCAGAAAUUCGGAGACCGGAGAUCUGAUGCGGCGGAGUUUUCGUGCCAACCCAUUUCCGGCAGAUUUGUCCCUGAGGAACUCAACAGGAAGAGAAAUCAGCCGGGUCGAGUUUGGGGAUAAAGAGAACCAGAACGACAAGGAUCAAAACUCAAAUGCGUUCAAAACUCCAAAGGGAGCCAAGAACUUCAUGUCACCGACUAUUUCAGCGGUUUCCAAGAUCAAUCCAUCGCCAAGGAAGAAGAUCUUGUCUGAUAAAAACGAUGUGUCUCGAUCCUUUGACAAAACCCACCAUCAUCAGGUUCGGUCAUCUGUCUCAUUUUCCGAUGUUGUUAGCUUCAUUGGGGAAGAUACAGAUCAAGAGCAGAUUUGUGUCGAUGAAAAGAAGCAACUUUAUGAGGAGGAGUCACAUGACAUUACUCAUGUAACUGAUUUUGAUGAGAAUCAUGGGAACAAGAGCAAUGGAGAUUUCGAUGACUCGAGCCCUCUCCCUCCUUCUCUUCCGUACACGUUCCCUGUGCUUGGGUCUCAUGAAGUGGAUUCAUCCGUGGCACCUUAUGAUCCAAAGAAGAAUUAUUUGUCACCGAGGCCACAGUUUCUCCAUUACAGGCCAAAUCCAAGAAUCGAGCAUCAUUUUGAUGAGUGCAAGCAGCUCGAGGAGCUUUUCAACUCUGAAAGCUCUUCUUCUGAAUCUGAUUUGUCUGCAGAGGACAGCCAACUAGAGGAGGAAGUUGCUUCUCAGGAAGUUGUAGUAGCAGUAGAAGAAGAGGCAGAAGUAAUCCAAGAUAAGAAUGAUACGGAGCAUUCUGAAGCAGUGGAGAGUGAUGAAGAAGUAUUAGUGGUUAGUGAAGGCACUGAAGAAGAAGAAACUCAUCAGAUCUCAAAACAGUCUCUUUUCAAGACAUCCAAGUUGCUUGGUUGGAUUUUGGUUCUUGGUGUGUCGUAUUUGUUGUUGGUUUCUCCAGUGACACUUACUCAGCCAAACAUCAGUCAAGCGUCACAUUUCCUCAAGUUCCAUAUCCCAGUUGAAAUCACAAAGUCUGCAACAGAGAGCUUUGAGCAGUUGAGUGUAAAGCUGAGGAUGUGGGCAGAAUCAUCAUUUGUGUACAUGGAUAAGCUGAUCUCAAGUCUACGAGAAAAAGAGGGAUAUGGUCCUUUUCAGUAUCAUAAUUUGACAGAUAUUUUGGUAGAUACAAGAUUGUCUUAUACUGCUUUCGAGACACCAAGAGGUGAAAUCACUGUUGCUGGGUUGUUGGUGGAUGGCCAAAAGUGGAGCUUAGAGAUGGAUAUGGAAGAAGACAAUGGUGUUCAUCAGGAACUUGAAGAACCUGAGAAUAGUGGUGAAAUCGAUCUUGAAUAUGUAGACGAAGAGGAUGGCAAUGAUUUCGAGCAGGAGAGUGAAGGCGGAGAGGUAAACUCAAUAGUUUGUGAAUCUGAUAAGCAGACUGAGUUCAAGAUGGACACAGAUACAGAUAUAAAUGGUGGUGAAGGAUAUUCAGAAUCUCUUUCUGAAGACGAAGAAAGUGGUGACCAAGAAGCUGAUGGUAUUGAAGGGAAGAAAGAAUAUGAAGAAAUUGACCAGAAGAACCUGGAGGAAGUUCAUGAAUCUGAAACUAGGUCGGCCCAAAAUGAUGUGAAGAACAUAGAAUCUGAGAUCACGAUGGCCACAGACACAGAGAUGAAUGGAGGUAAAAGAUAUUCAGAAUCUCUUUCUGAGGAAGAAGAAAGUGGUGGUCAAGAAACUGAUGGUUUUGAAGGGCAGAGAGAAUAUGAAGCAAAUGACCAAAAUAACAUGGAAGCAGCUGACUCUGACGCACACCAGUUAGAUGAUGUGGAGUCUGCUGCAAUCAGUGGUCACCAGCAAAUAGACAAUGAAGUAGCCAAUCCUGAAACUGGCUCAGAGGAAGAAGGUAUUAUGGAAAUUGCUGAAUCCAGCGACGUCUCCGCAGAAGUUUCUGAUGUAGAUGGUGGUAAUUUGGAAGAAGAGAGUUCGAUCGGUGACGAAGUUGUUAAUACAGCUGAUUGGAAGGAAAUUUUGUUGAGUAACCAGAAGAAAGUGGUAGUCUUGUUUUCGACUGUGAUGGUUCUGCUUGCAGCAGCUUCUGGUUUCUUAUUAGCUAAAAAGAAGGCAAAACCUGUGAUGAUGCUACAUGAAGAUGGUGAACCAAGAACAAUCUCUGACGCUAAAGAGGUAAACUUUGAGCAGGUGCCAGUAGAGAAUCUGAUCAAAGAAAGGCUUCCUUCACUGAAUUUCCAAGAAGAAGAAGAUGUUGAUGAUGACAGAGAAAGAGAGGUAUCAUCAUUCCCUUCUGAGAUGAGCUUCAGUUUCCAUAAGAAUAAAUCAUUGCACAGCUGCAAUAACAGAGAUGAUCUCAAAGAAUACCAAAGCGGAGGAGGCAGGAAGAGUAAUGAUAGCGGCGAAUCUACUGCUUCCUCGGCAUCAGAAUACUCCAUAGGCUCUGUUUCAUAUGGAAGUUUCACAACAUACGAGAAGAUACAGAAGAGAAGUGGCCGUAAAGAAGAGAUGGUAACACCAGUGAGGCGUUCAAGCAGGAUUAGGAACCAUCAACAUUCUGGACAAUGA